UGAUAUCUAUAUAAUUGAAGCACAAUUCAAUUCAAGUCUAACUUCAAAACACACACCCUACUCACUCAUUUUCUAAACCAUGGUUUUGGAAGAAAACAUGAAUGUUCCUCACUUUGUAUUAUUUCCCUUCAUAGCACAAGGACACAUCAUUCCAAUGAUUGACAUUGCUAAACUGUUAGCACAACAUGGUGCCAUUGUUACCAUUUUCACUACACCUAAAAAUGCAUCACGUUUUUCUUCUGUUCUUUCUCGUGCUGUUUCUUCUGGUCUUCAAAUCAAUCUUGUUACACUCAAUUUUCCAUCAAAACAAGCUGGAUUACCAGACGGUUGCGAGAAUUUGGACAUGGUUGACAUUUCGAAAGACAUGCUGUACAAUCUAUUCCAUGCAGUUUCCUUGCUCCACAAACCAGCUGAGGAAGUUUUUGAUAAAUUGUCACCAAAACCAAAUUGCAUUAUCUCUGAUUUUUGCAUUCCUUGGACUUCUCAAGUAGCUGAAAAACAUCAAAUCCCAAAGAUUUCAUUCCAUGGCUUCUCUUGCUUCUGUCUCCAUUGCACUGUCAAGGUACACUCUUCAAAGAUUCUUAAAAGCUUAAAUUCUGAUUCUGAGUAUUUCACUGUUCCUGGCAUACCUGACAAAAUUCAAGUCACCAAAGAGCAAAUACCAGUAGCUAUUGAGGAAGAACAACACCUUAAUGAGUUUGUUAAAAAAAUGAAUGAAGCUGAAAUGAAAUCAUAUGGGGAAAUCAUAAACACUUUUGAAGAACUAGAGAAAGAAUACGUUAAUGGUUAUAAAAAGGAAAGAAAUGAUAAGGUUUGGUGUGUUGGUCCUGUUUCACUAUGCAACAAAGAGGGUUUGGAUAAGGCUGAAAGAGGUAACAUAGCUUCAAUAAGUGAAGAUAAUUGUUUAAAGUUUCUAGAUUUGCAUAAACCAAAAUCUGUUGUUUAUGUUUGUCUUGGAAGUUUAUGCAACUUAGCUUCUUCACAACUUAUUGAAUUGGCUUUGGGAUUGGAAGAAACAUCAAUACCAUUUAUUUGGGUUAUUAGGGAUGGAAUUAAUAAAACUGAUGAGUUAGAAAAGUGGAUUAGAGAUGAGAAGUUUGAGGAAAGGAACAAAGGGAGAGGCCUCAUAAUUAGAGGGUGGGCCCCACAAGUGGUGAUAUUAUCUCAUCCUUCAAUUGGUGGAUUCUUAACACAUUGUGGUUGGAAUUCAAUACUUGAAGGGAUAAGUUUUGGUGUUCCAAUGGUAACUUGGCCAUUAUUUGGUGACCAAUUUUUGAAUGAGAAGCUUGUUAAUCAAGUUUUGAAGAUUGGAGUGAGUCUUGGUGUUAAGGUUGUAAUGCAGUUUGGUGAGGAAGAGAAGAUAGGGGUUGUGGUGAAGAAGGAAGAUAUCAAGGAGGCAAUAUGUAGGGUAAUGAAUGAGGGAGAUCAAGAGAGUAAAGUGAGAAGAGAAAGGGUAAGUGAAUUAAGUGAGAUUGCUAAGAAAGCUGUUGAAAAAGGUGGAUCUUCUUAUAUUAAUAUGGCUUUGCUUAUUCAAGAUAUCACACAGCUACAAUCAAAACAGCAAAGUUGAGACAUGCAAUUUAUAACAUUUGUUCUUUUGAUGUCAUCAUUUGUUUUCAAUUUCUGUCAUUGCAUAUUCUAAAACAAGGUGUUCCUUAUAUGUAUGUUUUUUUUUUACCAUGAAACUGCAAAUGAAAAUAUUAAACUUUCUUUACCAACAUUUGAUGGGAAAAAUGAAGAUCAAUAUAGCAGCUCACAACU